AUGAACACCAUCAUCACCACCACCAGCACUCGUACUGCGUAUCUCAAUCAUGGGCUGGGCCCACUCACAUCGAUACCAGAAGAGGCAGAGUGCGCAAUUUGUGUAGACGAAUGCACUGAGCCAGUAGAGCUACGAGGAUGCAAGCAUACCUUCUGUCGAAGCUGUAUUGUCCAGUGGCUAUCCCUUCGCACCAAAAAUACAUGUCCCAAGUGCAGAGCUGCUUUAUUCGCGUUCGAUGAUGCUGAUCGCGGACCCGUUGGCGUCGAUCGCAUAGCAGUGAUGAGUCAGACACUGGCGAACAGUGGGUUGCUAACAGGCGAGUUCCAGGUUUUCAGUGACGAUAUCGGCUGGACUUCCUCCGGUAUCGAGCAAGCUACAGCAUCCGCGCACGCUUGGCUGGGAGAGCAACACCAUCCGAACUUUGCUGGGAUGGCUCUGAUUCACAGAGAUCGCCUUGGUCAGCAUGUCGUGGCUAUGGGCAACCUCAUCUUGGGCUAUGCACAGGCUAUGCGUCGCUCAUACAGCAGGAACCAGCGACGAGAUUGGAGAAUCAUUAUCGACUUCUUGUAUAGCAUUGUGGAGGCGAGAAACGGUGCCGAGAUGGAGGCUACGGUGAUGCCGCAGCAGCUGAGAGAGCAGAUCCGGAUCAGUCUCCUGCAGGAAGAUUUAUACGUGGACCGCUUCUUCGAGGAUGAUGCCGAGAGCGAGUCACUUUCUGGCGAUAUGGACGUCUUGCUUCAGUACAUCUCGCACCAAGCUGCUGAGGAAUUCCAACGUCGAGAGGUGCGAGCACGUACCAUCAGAGAGGAGCCGAGCGUGCUAGGUAAGGUAUAUGGGGGCCUCGAACUAGGUUUGUUCUAUGGGAGCAGCAGCAGCAGCAGCAGGCUCAGCAGUAUCAUUCUCAUCCUCAUCCUCAUCGUCACGAGGCAACGAGGCAACGAGCGGACAUUCUCCCUCGUGCGGUGA